CAACAGACUAGAGAAGUGCUCAUGGUUGGUAGUAUUUAUAUGAUUAAGGGGGGUUUCAAAAAGAUAUUCUAAGAAAAGCAGCCCUCCGAUUUGGAUUAUGGGAUACGAGAUUACUUAAUCCGUGACGCAGCAGAAAAAGAGGACGGUUGAGUCUGCGCGGCUGCUGAGAAACACUCACAAGCAUGUUGCGUUUGCCCGGAGCAGGUCGCAGUCUGAUUCCAGCAGCUAUUUCCAGAGGAGGCUUGGCUGCAUCUCACAAUGCUCGCACGGCAGCCACGGCAGCCGCCAGUAACCUCCUGGAGGUGUUUGUUGAUGGAAAACCUGUCAUGGUAGAGCCGGGGACAACUGUGUUGCAGGCAUGCGAGAAGGCCGGCAUGCAGAUUCCCCGCUUCUGCUACCACGAGCGGUUGUCAGUUGCGGGAAACUGCCGGAUGUGUCUUGUGGAGAUAGAAAAGGUUCCAAAGCCGGUUGCAGCUUGUGCUAUGCCGGCCAUGAAAGGCUGGAACAUUUUAACUGAUUCUGACAAAACAAGGAAGGCAAGAGAGGGUGUGAUGGAGUUCUUACUGGCGAACCAUCCUUUAGAUUGCCCAAUUUGUGACCAAGGGGGUGAAUGUGAUCUGCAGGACCAGUCCAUGCAGUUUGGCAGCGACAGGAGCCGCUUCACAGAGGGCAAAAGGGCUGUGGAAGACAAAAACAUUGGUCCGCUCAUCAAAACCAUAAUGACCCGCUGUAUCCAAUGCACUCGCUGUGUGCGCUUCGCCAGCGAGAUUGCAGGCGUGGAGGACCUCGGCACCACUGGGAGAGGCAAUGACUUGCAGAUUGGGACUUAUGUGGAAAAGAUGUUCAUGUCAGAGUUAUCUGGGAAUGUUAUUGAUAUUUGCCCCGUGGGAGCCCUGACAUCUAAACCAUAUGCUUUCACUGCUCGCCCUUGGGAGACCAGAAAGACUGAAUCUAUUGAUGUGCUGGAUGCGGUGGGUAGUAACAUCGUGGUGAGCACUCGAGGUGGUGAAGUGAUGAGAAUUCUCCCUCGUCUUAAUGAGGAUAUUAAUGAAGAGUGGAUCUCCGAUAAAACCAGGUUUGCUUAUGAUGGACUUAAGAGACAGAGGCUUACUCAGCCAAUGGUGAAAAAUGCAUCAGGACAGCUGGUUCCCACAUCCUGGGAAGAUGUGCUGACCCAGGUGGCUGGAGCAUUGCAAGGAGCUAAAGGAAAUGAUGUUGCUGCCAUCGUUGGAGGUUUGGUGGAUGCAGAGGCUCUCAUCUCACUGAAAGACUUGCUGAACCGGUUAAAUAGUGACAACCUUUGCACAGAGGAGAUGUUCCCCAUGGCUGGAGCUGGUUCUGACUUGCGUUCAAACUACCUUCUAAAUACUGGCAUUGCUGGCAUUGAAGAAGCUGACUUCCUGCUACUGGUGGGCACUAACCCACGUUAUGAGGCUCCUCUUAUCAAUGCACGAAUCAGAAAAGGCUGGCUGCACAAUGAGUUGAACGUGGCUCUAGUGGGAAAGGAAGUGGACCUCAGUUACACAUACGACCAUCUUGGAGAGUCUGCCAGCAUCCUGCAAGAAAUAGCUUCAGGAACUCAUCCAUUCUCCCAGGUCUUGGCUAAAGCAAAGCACCCUGUUGUUAUCGUCGGCAGCGGUUGCCUGCAGAGAGAGGAUGGGGCUGCGAUAAUGGCUGCCGUGUCAACCAUUGCUCAGAAUGCUCGUGUCACCAGUGAAGUAGAGGAAAGUUGGAAAAUUCUGAAUGUGCUUCACAGGGUUGCCAGUCAAGUGGCUGCACUUGAUCUUGGGUACAAGCCGGGAGUAAACACAAUCAGAAUGAACCCUCCCAAAGUGUUGUUUCUUCUUGGGGCUGAUGCUGGCUGCAUUACCCGCCAAGACCUACCAAAGGACAGCUUCAUCAUUUAUCAAGGUCAUCAUGGUGAUAUGGGUGCACCAAUGGCUGAUAUCAUACUUCCUGGGGCUGCAUAUACUGAAAAAUGUGCCACUUAUGUGAACACUGAGGGCCGUGCACAGCAGACCAAAGUUGCUGUGACUCCUCCAGGCAUGGGCAGGGAGGACUGGAGGAUCAUUAGAGCCAUAUCUGAGCUUGCUGGAGUGACUCUACCAUAUGACACUCUUGAUGAAGUCCGCAACCGACUGGCAGAGGUUUCCCCUAAUCUGGUUCGAUAUGAUGACGUUGAGGGGGCAAACUACUUUAAACAAGCUAAUGAGCUCUCCAAGGCAGUGAACCAGGCUCUUCUAACCGAUCCUCUAGUUCCCAUACAGCUUACAGUGAAGGACUUUUACAUGACAGAUCCCAUAAGCAGGGCCUCCCAGACCAUGGCGAAAUGUGUGAAAGCUGUAAAAGAGGGAGCAGACGACGAGCCCUCCAUAUGCUAAAGAAAAAUGAAGAGCAUAAAAAAAAUGAUACGCACAACUCCAAUGUUUGCACAGUCCUAUUUGCAGGUGUUUAGAUUAAUGAUGUUACAUCUUUAAUAUUUAUUAUAGAGCAAAUAUAUCUGCUGUCGAUGAGCCGGCCGUAUGCCAAAGAAGAAUCAAGAGCAUAAAAAAAAAAUAAUACGCACAACUCCAAUAUUUGCACAGUCCUAUUUGCUAUUGUAUUUUAUCAUAACACUUGUUUAGAUUAAUUAUGUUUCAUCUUUGAUAUUUAUUAUAGAGCAAAUAUAUCUGCGGAAAGAGGUCAGUAAUACUUGCAGAGUGAAUAGUGAUUAUUUGAUUUGCUAAAUAUCCAGAAACGCACUCCUGCCAGGUUUAACUGCUACUCGUGACAAUCACAUUUUUGUAGGUGAGAUCAAAGAUUUUAAAGUGUAUUCCUCAGAUGGUGAAUGUUGUCUUCCUUUAAAAUUUCCAGCAAUAUAAGAGUCAGUAUGUUUUACUUAAGGUAUAUUGUUUGUUUGUUUAUUUCGGUCAUUUCCACAAUAAUAAUUCAAAUCGGAAAAAAUGAAAAAUGACAGAAAACAACAAAUGAACAUGAAGUUAAUGCUAAUAUUGCAAUAGACCAAAAUAUAUAAACAAAACAAGACCGAAAAGGUGUAGGCUGAAGCUUAGCUUAUUACGCCUACCCUUUUAUAAUGAUAUUAUAUAAUCAUUGUAUAUUGAGUACAUACAGUAGAGUCCAAGUGUACCCUUUUGUAAAAAUAAGUUAAUAGCUAAGUUGUUUUAGCAACCUUAAUACGUUUAUAUUAAAUAUUCACAAGUUUAUAUUAAAUAUUUAUAGAUGCAUAGGUAUAUGCUCUUGUAAAACUAAACAAAAAAAGUCCUCAAAUAAAUUGCUUUAAUUUGUUUUGUGUGAUCCCUCCUGAACUUUUCCAGACUGUGGCAUCAUCUUAUUGGCACAUUAGUGAGCAGACGGUUUAUAUUAAAUAUUAAUAAGUUUAUAU